AUGUUGGACCCGUCCUCCAGCGAAGACUCGGGGGGAGAAAUUGACGAAGACACUGAAGUUCCAAAAGAUCCCCCCAAAAAGCCUUCGACUUCCUCGGGGCAAGGAGGUAAACAUAAACGACCACCUGCGGACCAACCACAAGCCGAAAGUCCUUCUGCCGGAGACGAGCAGAAAAAUGAGAAGGAAAGACUUCAGAAAGAGGAAGCUGAGAGGAAAAGUAAACUACAGAUUUAUGUAUUUGUGUUGCGAUGUAUAGCAUACCCUUUCAAUGCCAAACAACCCACGGAUAUGGCACGCAGGCAACAGAAGGUGAGUGAUCGCAAAUAA